ACUAAAUUUCCAAAUAAUAUUCAACAGCAAGUUUAACUAUUGAACUUCGAACCGUUGCUCAUCGUCAACGUAGAUUGAUCUUUAAUCAGCUUUGAUCGAUUCAGCUGAAGGCUAGAAUAAGAAGAGCAAAAUUGUUCAUCAUUCAAGAUUUAUAGAAAAAUGGUGUAUACUAACAUAAACGGAUCCACAAUUAAAUUUCCUUAUCAGGAAAUUAAGAAAGACAAAAAAGAAGGCAUGUCAUCGGGACAUCAACAGCAGCAAUAUUAUCAACAGCAAUUGUCAAAGAAAAAUGACAAAUCUAGCUGUUGGGGACCAAUCUUCAAGAACAAAGAAAACUUCGUCAAUAUGCAUAUAGGCUGACUCAUGACAUUUUCCAAUGAGACAUACAUAUUUUCUAUAUAAAUAAAUCCAUUAUUUCAAACAAAACUAAAAUGCUCGAUUACACCCAGUUCUCAAAAAUAUAGUCAAGUCUAACAUCUGGUGGGGUAAAGUACGAGGGAGAGAGACUCGCUACAACGGAGCCUUCCCUCGAGAACGAGUCGGUGUAGCGCGAUGCAGUUAGUCGGAGCACGCAGAUUCGUCCAGAAGUCUUCGAAAAAAUAAGGAAGCUCGCGGAACAUUACAUUCUAUCCGGACGUUUUAUUUAUUAUUUAUUUAUUUAUUUAUUUUAUUAUUAUUUAUUUAUUUAUAUUCUUAAAACGUGUCUCCAAAAUGUGUUUACGAGCUGCCUCAAUUGCUCCAAAAGUUUUCCUUUGUAUUUUUGCGCUUUCCUCAAUCGCUUCUUUCCACUUGUUUUAUUUACGAAAGCAAAAUUUCUCUUCUGUUUGAAAAGUGCAUUCUGAUUUUAAAAAAUCGAAAAAGAAAGAACAAAGUAUCAUCAUACACGUGCGAAACGCAGAAACCUCGGGAAGAGUCGAUGGCCUGACGACAUCCCUAUUUUGAGGCUGAGAUAUACCGUUUGUUGCCGAGUGUACUAUAAAAGAAGAGCAUUGUAAUUGAAAUAGGAAAACAUGAAAUCGAGAGAAUCCAUCGUAUACACACCAGUGUCCCUUGGAUCUGACACUGAUGAUGAAGACACAUUAGUCAAUGCAGAAAUCUACAAAAAAGACUUGGCGCAGAUACAAGCAUUGGUCGAAUCGACUGGGAUGCUGGGCGGAUCUACGUGCCCGUCCUGCGAGAUGCCGUUUGAUAAAGGCAAGAAACGUCGCCUGAUCGACUCCUGCGGCCAUGAGCGUUGCUACUCCUGUCUAUUCUGCAAUGAGGCUUGUCCGCUCUGUCUGCGCGACUAUGAUUUUAACGGCGAUGACGGGCUGAAAGAACUAUCUUUAAGAGACGAGUGUGCUGCUUUCGCGACUUCACUGUCCGUCUUCGCGCCCACGGACGGUUGGCUCGGUGAGUCAUCGACGGUGAAUUCUCUCUGCGGCAGCCCUAGACCACGCAUUAAAAUCACUACGAGGGCGAAUUUGCCAUCGCGAGUUAUGCACCAGCGAGGUGAAGAAGAUAAUCUUUCGUUGGCAGCGAUGGUGAAGAAUUUGAAAACCAAAUUUCCAUCACUUCCAGAUCCAUCUAUCUCUCAAGAUCAGCAGAAACUUGAAAUGACGCAAAGUUGUCCAACACCGCCGAAUCAACGAAGAAGAUUCUUUCUCAACUCAAAAAUGCUCAGAAGUUCGCUUGCUGCUCAGAGAUCUUCGAGACGUACAGCAUCUUCACCCGAACCGACUGCGAAUGACAAUCCUUCUGCAUUAUCAGUUUGGAUGACCUCAUCCUGGGAAGGAAAAGCGAAAUGGCCUGGCGUUGUCCUAGGAAAAAUCAAAUCCUUAUGGAGUAGCAGUCAAGGCACGGCUAAUGACGGGCUGAAUCAGCUGAUCGGUUCGUCGAAUAAAGUUGCAGACGACGAGGGCGGUUGCGUGAAACCACUAUCUUCGAAAACUAAGAAGUCGUCGCAGUCGGAUUUGUACAUGAAAUUGGGCUUAUUAUUGGGAUCCGGUCGAGCGAACGCGAAUGCGGAACCGGACACAUGUUCCUCACAAGCUCCGAUACAAGGACAUGACAGCUCCGCGGCCUCGUUCAGUAGUUUAACCAGUUUUGAAGCGCAAAUGUUGACGUCAACGAAUACAAGCCCGGUGUCGACGUUGACGGGUACGUCGAGCGAAGCGGACGCCGCGCUACGAUGUCCUGUCAAGCCGAAAAUCAAGGCCAAAAGUAAAGCCAAAUCUAGAGACUGCGACAGUACUAGCAGUGUGGCAUCGGUAUCCACGUCCACUUCGAUGUCCAUGUCCAUGUCCGUGUCCGUCUCUGGUCUAUCAAACGGCAGCUCCAGUCCACUUACGCCCAGGAGACAUUCCGUUAACACAACCCAAGCAGGCCAGACCAAUGAUUUCGGCCAGUUGAAAAACAGACGAUCUUGCGUCCGGAGAUCAGCAAGAACCGGCAACGUCAAAGGAUCAAUCGAUGCCAAACUGCGUUUUGUUCAUGCGACGCAGUUAACUCUGAAGCCGUUGUUUUUCGAGGUGCCAUUAUUGGAAGAGGACCCACUCUUCGCGGGACGACAAUGGUUGUUGCACGAAUUAGAAUGCAUGAUCAACGGCUCCAGCCCUGGCAUCCUGAUCUCUGGAUCGCCGGGCACAGGAAAAACCGCGCUUAUUUUACAAUUAGUAGAACAUAGUUGCUUCGGAAGAAGAAGAGAACAGUUGAAACCCUUGGAAGUGAACGAAGAAUGCAACGAGAAGGAGAAACAGGGCAAUAACGCGACCCUGCAAGCAAACAUUCGAUAUACUAACGAAAAGAUUCGCGAAUUAGCAUCGCACGUAGUGGCUUAUCACUUUUGCCAAGCAGACAAUAACAGUACCUGUUUGGUGCCGGAUUUAAUUCACUCGCUAGCAGCGCAACUCUGCCAAGCUCCUCAAUUGAUCUCAUAUAGGGAAUAUCUUCUGUCCGAGCCUCAUCUUCAGGGCUCGUUAUCGCAAAGAGAAUGCACCGUCGAUCCGGAUCUUGCACUCUCGAGAGGCAUCAUCGAACCACUUUUAACUUUGAAGAAAGCUAAUAGACUUCCAGCUUCGAAUAUGGUAAUAUUAAUCGAUGCCAUCUGUGAAGCGGAGUAUCACAGGCCGGACAAAGGUGAUACUAUAGCUUCUUUAUUGACAAGGCAUGCAUCUAACAUUCCCGAUUGGUUAAAGAUCGUUUGCACGGUCAGAACACAAUUGUUGAACUGCGCGAAGCAACUACCAUACAUGAGGAUCUCAUUAGAUAAGAUUGCAAACGAUGCGAUUGGAAGUAGUAUCACGAAGGACUUGUCCGAUUAUAUUGGUUAUAGAAUCGCACAGAGUCCUUCCAUACAAGCGAAUAUAAGUGCAUCAAUAAACGGCAAGAUGGAAUCAUCAUGCAACGCGAAUCAAACAAGAUUCGCUUCGCACUUACUCACGCUAGCCAGAGGUAGUUUUCUUUUUGCCAAGCUGACGCUUGAUUUUAUCGAGAGCGGGCAUUUAGUCGCUAAAUCUACGAGUUACAAUGUAUUACCAGUUUCUCUCGCGCAGAUCUUUCUGCUGCAUUUUAAUCUGAGGUUUCCUACUGCAGCUUCAUUUGACAAAGUGCAACCUCUUCUGGCUGUUUGUCUAGCAGCUCUGUAUCCAUUGACUCUACUCGAAAUCUUUUAUUCUGUAAAUUCUCUAAUAACUGACAAUUUUAUUUCGUGGGAAGACUUUUUACAGAGAUUUAAGAUGCUCUCUGGUUUUCUUGUAAAACGCUUGGACAAUACGUACAUGUUCUUCCAUCCAUCGUUCAGGGAAUGGUUGAUCAGAAGGGACGAGGGGGAAUCAACCAAAUUCCUAUGUGACUAUAGACUCGGACAUGCGGCAAUAGCGUUUCGAUUAUCCCGUGUUGAAGUGCCAUUGGACGGUGACAAAGUCUUGGAACUCGGUCACCACGUAUUAAAGGCACAUGUUUAUAGAAACGCAGCUCCGUGCUGGCCUUCGCGUGAUUUACAGGCUAUUUGGCUGACUUUGUCGUCCGAAUGCAUCUCCUCGGCGUUGUGCAUGCUUCGGAACAUUUACAGCCCAAACGUAAAGGUAUCGCGAUUGCUUCUGCUGGCAGGUGCAUCUCCGAAUCACAUUACCGAAUAUCUCGGUAACGCACCGAUCCUAUGUAUGUACGCGUACGAAGGUUGCGUCGAAAUGGUGUCCCUCCUUCUGGAAUUUGGUGCCGAUGUCGAACUGACUAAUAGCCAAGGUUGUACCGCGCUUUCGCUGGCAGCUACCCGUGGGCAUUGCGACGUUGUCAGAAGAUUGGUUGCCGCUGGAGCGUCAUUAGGGCACGCGGAUAUGGCCGGCCAGUGUCCUUUGGUGCAUGCGGCAAGGCACGGAAGAUUAUCCGUGGUUGGCUAUCUUCUCGCUUGUGAUUGGAUUGUGCCAGCCGAUGAAAGCAAAAUGGAGAAUGGCACCACGGAAAUAGACCGAGAGGAAGCCGCUCAACAAGCCGUUGUCGGAGCUGCGUCGCAAGGCCACGAAGAUGUCGUAGAGUAUCUUCUAGAUAUGGCCGAGGUGAUUGUGGAUCACCCUGACACAUUGACAGGCGAAACCGCUCUAACAAUCGCUGCUGCAAACGGCUCAACCGCGACGGUUUCCGCACUUUUGGCCCGCGGUGCUAAUCCCACAAUUGUAAACGCGAAAGGCCUUUCUCCUCUCAUGCUCGCCGCCAGAGAAGGACACUGGGGUACCGCCGAAAGGCUUUUGCAAGGAAAUCUAUCCACCAGUACGGAUACAAUGUUGGACGAAGCUAUAUCGCUUUUAGAACAACGCGAUUUUGCUAAUCGUACUGCGUUAAUGAUGGCCGCUUCCGAAGGUCACAUUAAUCUGGUGGAACUAUUCCUUGAUAAAGGAUCAAUCAUAGAAACGAAAGAUAAGGAAGGACUCACUGCUCUCUGUUGGGCUUGCAUUCGAGGACGCCUAGCUGCUGUACAAAUAUUACUCGACCGCGGCGCCGAUGUCAAUACGAAUGACAAUACUGGGAGAACUCCUUUGGAUUUAGCAGCAUUCCAGGGUAAUCCAAAAUUGGUACAACUAUUACUUGAGAAGGGAGCCGCGGUGGAACAUGUCGAUCUUCACGGCAUGCGACCUCUUGACAGAGCUGUCGGGUGUCGCAAUAUACCAGUGGUUCAAUGCUUCUUGCGUCGUGGUGCUAAAUUAGGUCCCGCUACAUGGACCAUGGCGGCAGGAAAACCCGACGUUUUAAUAAUCCUGCUAAAUAAACUGUUGGAAGACGGCAAUGUUUUGUAUCGAAAGAACAGAUUAAAGGAAGCGUCGCAUCGAUACGUGUAUGCUCUCAGGAAGUUCCCAGUUUCACCGGAAGAAGAUUGCCAAAACCAGGAACAAAGUCACAUAAUACUGCAACUUCAUACUCUUACGCAGCUUCGGAUGAAUUUUCUUCUAAAUCUCAGCCGAUGCAAGCGCAAGAUGAACGAAUAUAACGAAGCCAUCGAACUUGCUGACAAAGCUCUCAGUAUUCGACCCAUGUCUUACGAAGCGUUUUAUGCUAGAGCCAAAGCGCACGUCAAUUUGGGUUUGUUUAAAGACGCUCUAUCGGAUGUUCAGGAAGCUCUGCAAAAUGCACCAAUUCACAAUAGACAAGAUCGUAAAGUACUUACGACUUUGAAGGAUGAGAUUCUCUCUCGGAUCGAUGAUGCCGGAACAAGUAAAGGACACGAUGAUUGCAUCGUUACAUCUCGUCUACGGGCGUCAGUGGAUACUCUUACAGAACUGUAACAAUAUCUAGUUAAAAUACUCGAAUAAAUUAGGGCAAAUCGAUACAAACAUAGUAACAAUAAUAACGACGAUGAUAAUUUACGAUUUUAUUAAUGCGUGAUAUAAUUUAAGGCUGGAUUCAAAAAACGGCCAAAUAAAUUUUAUUCCAAUUUAAACCUCUCUGUAAAAAUUUACAUAUCUCACACUUUGUGCCUUAUCGAAUAUUGAAAAUUGAGUGAUAAAAAUUCGUCGAACAAUAAAAAAAUUAUUAUAUCCUUGUAUUUUAAGUACAUCUCUAACACAAUUACGCUUUUUGAGACGGAUAACGCGCAGCUUUUACAUAUAUUUUAUAUUUUUGAAUAACUUAUUAUAUAGAUUUAUGUAUCUAUUUCCUAGCGUUGUAGGAAAAUUCAACGCGAGAGAUUAAUUCGAUCAAAUUUAUAUCCUAUUAUAUAGCUCAAGAUUUAAUUUUUUACUCAAGAUAAACUUGAGAAUAUAAUUGUUGAACAAUUUGUACGGAUUUGUAUUAACGCGAACACUCACAACUCGCUUUUAAAAUUAUCGAUGCUUUACAAUAUUUUGACAAGUAUAUCAUCUAUACUAUAUUUAAUUUAUGAAAUGCGAUUAUACUUUAAAAUCAAUUUUAAACAAAAAUUUAUAGUUAAUGCUAUUAGCUAUAUUGUUUCCAAUUAUCCUACGAGUUAUAUCGCACCCUCACAAGAAGAGUGACACAUGUCGAAAUUUUUCGAAUUUCGUAUUAUGUGCGGAUUGUGUUCUAAAUAUAUCGGCCUUCAAUCAGGAACAAUUUUAUAUUUUUGACUUUUGUCACUUUUCUUGCAGGGAUGCGAUAUGUACUUGAAAAUUCUUUUUUUAGUAUUUUUAUACCUGUCUGUACGUAUCUUGCCGAUUAAAAAUAUUUUUAGAGCAAUAAAAAUA